GUUCACAGUUGGGUUAAAAUAUGUGACAGAUCCAGUUAUUAGAUGAUUAAUAAAUACUAAUAUAGGACAGAAAAAAAAGAAGCAAAAUCUAAAACAUUUAACAUACAAUCAACAAUACUUCUCUUCAGAUAUCUGGGAUUGAACACACACAAAAAAAAGUAGCAAACAACAAGACAAUGGACGUUGUCAGAAACUUUCAAAGCAUGAGCGCUAAACAGUUCAUGGGCGUGCAGUUGUUUGAACUCGUGUAUCUACUGACUUUGGCAUUUCUGCCCUUUGUUUUAGCCAUACCAGUAGUUACAUAUGUAGUGUUAACCCUUGCCUCCACUGUCUUGUUCAUCGCCUUCCUUAGGAAAUGUCUUUAUCGACGUGUCAGAGCUGAAGGGAAAGUGGUUUUUAUAACUGGAUGCGACUCAGGUUUAGGAAACGCUUGUGCACACAGACUUGAUUCUCUGGGUUUCACAGUAGUGGCAGCCUGCUAUGAUGAAAAAAGUGAUGGCGCCCGUAGGCUGAGAGAAGAUUGUUCCUCGCGUCUUUACGUCGAAACAUUAGACAUAGCCAACGAAAACAGUGUGAUGAAGUGUGUGUCAAAGGUUAAAUCUCUCUGUGGCAGCAAAGGAUUAUGGGCCUUGAUAAAUAAUGCUGGAACAGUAAAAUUUGGAGAUGUCGAGUUGACCCCAUUAGAAUCCUAUCGUGAAGUUAUGGAUGUCAACAUUUUGGGCACAAUCCAAGUUACUCAAGCAUGCUUGCCAUUGAUUCGAACAUCAAAGGGUCGCAUUAUCACAUUAACUGGCAUACAGGGACUGAUGGCAACACCAGGUUUCUCUGCAUUUUCAAUAUCUAAAUUUGGAUUGGAAGCUUUCAAUGAAUCUUUGCGUUUCGAAAUGAAACAAUUUAAAGUAAAAGUUAUUACUGUCAGACCAGGUAACUUUUCUGGAGCAACAGCAAUGCUCAAUAAAGCUGGGUUAGAGAAAAUUAAAAAGUCUCUUGAUGAAGUAAAAACUAAAGCCAGUCUUGAGGUGAGAACUGCUUAUGGAGACAGCUAUACUGAUCAACAGUAUACACAGUUAACACAUCUCUCGAAAUCAAGUGCCAACAACUGCAGUAAUGUGAUAGACACUUUAGAGAGUGCAGUCAGCAGUACUAAUCCUUCUCCAUCCUAUUUAGUUGAUGGUGGGAACCAGCUGCUAGACUUAGGAAAUGUGCUAAUUCGUCUACGACCAUAUUUACCCACAAACUUGUAUGAAGGCUUGAUACAAAAAUAUUUUGGAUGUUAAGCAUACAUUUUAUCAUAACUAAUUUAUUUGUAGUGUAUAAACCAGUGACACAAUUUUCUAGUGAACAUAUCUUCAUUGAUUCAUAUUCUUAAUGUAAUAAUAAUAUAUGUGCAGUGUAUUCAUUGUGUUUUGUACAUUUUCAAGAGUAAAAUGGACCUUUAUUUUUGUAAUAUAUAAAGACAUACUUUACACAAAAUCAGAGCAACAAAAUGGAAAUGUGUAUCUUCAUGAAUAAAUUAUGUUUAAAAAGUUUCUUCAUUUCUAUUCUCUUGGGGUGUAUGUGUGUAUGUGCUAGCUUAUCAAAUUGGAUUAUUUAGCUCAUAAAUUGUAUAUCUACAACAAUACUAUGAAAGUUACAUUGCAGAGUGAGUGCCAUGUCCCAAUAGCUUGAUACAGUAGUGUACAGUACAUAAUCUACAGUGAGUUAGGGGAUGUAAUUUAUAUACACACAUUUAUUUAUUUAUCAUAUUAUUAAUCUAACUUGCUCAGCUUAUUUAGGCUAUACCAGAUCAUUUUUUUUUCUACGUAUUACUGUAUGGCUCCUCAUUUAGGGCAUAAGGUCCUCUGAAGGUCUUUUGAUGAGAUAAAUCUGUAUGAAGGCACUCUAUAGAAAAACCUUUAGGCCUAUAGCAAUGGAAAUCAACAUAAUGAAGAAAAAGAGAUGGGGCCGACUCACUCGAGGAGAAAUCAGAUAAGGCAACCUGGACUGCAGUCAAUAUGUUGUACAGGGCUGGCCUUAGAAAAUUGGAGGCCCCGGGUGAAGUGAAUUUGGUGGACCCAAAUGAAAUUUAAAAAAUAAAAUUAAGCAAUUUAUUUCAAGCCUAUAGUAAUCCAACAAUAACACAGGGCACCAGUUUCGCUAGUUCGUCUAAACAAAAGACAAAUGUAAGUCUUCUGUGAGGCCUCCACCAAUCAGAGUUUGCUUAUAUGCCUAAGGCCAGUCCUGCAUGGUUUGUACCACAAAAUAGUUCCUUUUCACCCAUAUACGUGGUCCCGCGAAAAUUGUCUCAAAUGUUAAGUGCUAAAUACUAAUAAAAUAAGGGGGAUAAUUACAAUUUCCACAUUAAUUCUGUUUCCAUUUAAAUAUGAUAAAAUUUAUGCUGUAGAGUUACGGAGAAUGCAUUUCUGCAGCUUGGAAUGCAGUAAAUCGAUUGACAACUCUCACUAGACCAGGCUAACGGAGACAUGUUCACAUUUUUUUCCAUGGGAAGGUGGGGGGGCAUAAAAAAUAAAAGUUUUACAAAUACUGCCAUGCUUUAUGCAUAAAUCAGCCUACUAGUCACAAUCAGAUCCAGUUGUGAAGAGAGUGGAUGCGUUGCAUUAUAUUACAAAGUGUUAAAAUUGCCAAUUAAGACAUAUCAAGUUUUUUCUUAUAAAUUAUGUUUAAAAAAAUCAAAGGACUGAAAACCUUCUCUCGUGUAAUUUAGAUCACAAAGACCACGUGACGUUGAAUUUCCACUCUUUUGCUGAAAAGUUAAUCAGAUGUGUCGGGGUUUCUAUCCAUCCAUCCAUCCCUAUGGCGCUAUAGCCCAUGGAGGGUUCUGGCCUGCUUUAGCUCAUCUCUCCAUUUUGAUCUAUCCUAAUGCGUGCUUUACGUCUCCAUGCACGGACUUUUAGCUGUUGUAGAUCUGCCUCUACGUCAUCAAGCAACCAUAUUCGUGGUCUGCCUUUGAAACGCAUGCCUUUUGUUUUUUUGUCUUCGUUCCUCUGUUCUCUAGCAGAUUUUCUGUGGUUAUUGUCAGCCUCCAGGUUUCGCUUGCAUAUGUGACUACACUACACUGACUACAGUUCUGAUAAUCGUUUUGUCUUUUACAAAUUAUUACUUUUACAAAUUUAAUUACACGACUUAUCCAAACUAAUUGACACAACUACACUAUAACUACGCUUAAUAUAAGCUUUGUUUUAAAUGUUUUUAUAUUUU